UCAAGCUAUAGCUACGAGCUAAGGCUGCUGUUGUUCCUGGUUCAUUGGGAGGAUAGGAUAGGAAUCUACCUGUAUUGACAUACCUUUACUCCCUCUCUCACAUUCUUCGGUAUAUAUCUACCUCAAUUUCUUUUCAAGCUUAACAGCUGAUUUCUUAAAGAUUUUUAAACACUAGUUCUUAAAAUAUGGAGGAUCUUAAAGUGUACGUGGGAGCCGCCCGGUGGUCCUAAGAUUAGUUCGACUUCAGAUCCUGCAUACCGUAAGAAACAACUGGUGGGUAUGUCCACGAGGUAUGACAUUUACUGUUUCUGGUUACAUAAGAAACUAACAUUUCCAGACUGACUGCUUCUGUUCACUAGAGUAGCCAGUGGUGCUUUGAUUGCUGCAUAUGGUGCAUUUGUAUUCUUGCAGGCUUCAAAUGCACAAACGGUGUUGCCUGCGUUCACCCGUGCACAUGUUUGUUUGAACACUCAACAGUUAAAUGAAAACAGAUCAUAGUGAAGGCAGCCUUUGCCAUAGGCAAGCUCAGAAAGCAGGGCAAGAUGCCCACUCUGUGCUGUGAGCAGUGCUGUAUUUUAUGUCCCGUACAGACAGCCAACCAUUCUGCGAGGCAGAGAAAAGACUGAUGGAAGGAGGAAGAGAGGGCUGCCAGCUGCCAGCGACUGCACCAAGUAGAUCUUUUGAAACCUGUUCCAGCAGGUUUUUCUUUCUUAUUGCUGGGCUAGCUUGGACGAGUGCCACGCACACACACACACACAAACACACACACUCAAAACACGAGGAUGAUAUUCCGGGCUGCCAAAAUCUGAAACCAACCCAUCAACCAUUUCCAUACACAUUUAGACAGUCAAUCUAAUCGAAGUACCUCACUAUCAGGUAGAAGGAAGUGGGAGGUGCACAGGUCCACAGGGGAAAUAGACUUAAACUGUCAACAGAGGUUAGAGGGCUGAGUGAGAGAACCUGACUGGGACUUCAACUCCAGAAAGACAAGAAAGAGCAGCCACUGAAUCCAAAAACUAGCAGCAGGUUUUGGUGCAGGAUGUCACAGUCGCUGACAUUUUCCCCGAGCAGGAAAUCUCAUCAUCAAACGUCACCCCCCCAGACCAAAGAAGGCAGCUGCUUCACCCAGGAAGAGAGCAACACCUUGAGCCUGAGAACUGCAGCAGUGAGCAGGAGGCACAGCGCUGAUGGGAUGAUCAGUUCGCGGUCAGGGCGAGGGGACGUGGACUCUGACCGUUUCCACCCGUAUCAUCGACAGUUCAGUGAUGGAGCGGUGGCAGGGUGCCUCCAACAGUGCUCUUCUUCCUUUAGCAGUCUGCAUGAGGUGUGCAGUCCUGACAGUCAUUCACACAGCAGUGAUAUGCCACCAUCCUGGGACCAGUACAACGGCAGCAUUCAGAACUCAUAUCCAGAGCUACCAGGUGUACCUGUGGAUCCUCCCUGUUUUCUGUCUCAGAGCUAUCCAUCUUACAGCUCAGCAAGCCCUCAACAGCAGGUCUCUUCUAGACUGUAUCCUAACAACGACCAGUCCAGCACCUCAAAAUAUACUCUGUCCAGCCAGUCACACCAGGACGGCACCACACAGUCCAUCUUUCCUAAGCCCAUUUACUCAUACAGCAUUUUGAUUUUCAUGGCUCUGAAGAACAGCAAAACAGGAAGUCUCCCAGUCAGCGAGAUCUACAGCUUCAUGACUGAACACUUCCCAUAUUUCAAGACGGCUCCUGAUGGAUGGAAGAACUCGGUGCGGCACAACCUGUCCCUGAAUAAGUGCUUUGAAAAGGUGGAGAACAAGAAUGGCAGCACGUCUCGUAAAGGCUGCCUUUGGGCACUCAAUCCAGCCAAGGUGGACAAAAUGCAGGAGGAGCUGCACAAGUGGCGCCGGAAAGACCCCGUUACUAUUCGCAGGAGCAUGGCAAAGCCAGAAGAUCUUGACCGACUACUGGGAGAAAGACCGGAAAGACUCAGGUCUGUGCCACCGUACCCCAAAUCAGGCUCAUUAACCAGAGCGACCCCCGUCUACAACCCCACCGCUUUAACUUGUACUCCAGCUGAGCUUCGCCCAGCAUGCCAGCCCAUUUGCCAGUCACAGUAUGCUCACCUUCAGCCUCAGCAGCCGUGCUACCUCCCGCCUGCCGUCACACACCCCAGCAACUCAUUCGCCCUGUACUCACCCUGUGGACAGCAGCCUGCGGCCGGUAUCCCAUCAUCCACUGGAAGCCUCAACUCACCGGUAGCUGGGAAGAUACCGCCUGUUUAUAACAAUGCUCUCCAGUCUGAUUACAGUAUUGAGCCCAGGACCAUGCAGGAGUUUCUGCUGGAGGGAGACACCACUUAUGACAUUGACAUGCUCAACCCCAGUCUGACUGACCUGCAGCUGCAAGGUAACCUGUGGGAGGAGCUGAGAGUUGACAGUCUGGUGUCAGAGCCACAAGUUAGCACAAGCUCGUCCGCUACCUUUGUUCCUCAGAACCACCACAUCCAGAGCAGCGGCCUGCACAUCGCGCCUCCCAUCAGUCAGACAUCAGCUGUGGUUGCCAGCGGUCGUUGUGAAGCGGAGUACGAGGAUGGGGACGAAGGGCGAAACGUGGAGCAGCACGGCUGUUUCAGUGGACUAAAUCCUGUACUAUAUUCAGGAGUGGAGAGCUUGGCUGGGUAUCUGACCUCCUGCACUGCAUCCGUCUCUUUAAUGUAAACCUUCGCUUUUUGGAUUUGAUGUACCAUGUGAUUCUGAAUGAGGAAUAUAGUUUCAAGCAGUUUCACACUGCAGUGUAUGAUUGGUGGUAAUUUAAGUCAACCAAUCUCACCAGAGUCUGGUGAGAUUGGUUGUUGAGAUUUUCACUGCAUGCAGUCACAGUUACGCUGAUAGGAGAGCUUGUGUACAGUUAUUGUCUGAAACAUUUCUCCUCCUCCAUUUCUUCUUAUAGCUCCUGAUGAAUUAGACUAUUCAGUAUUAGAGUUUUACAAAGUGCAUGGAGUAGAGGAUAAACUCAGAUGGAUCAAAACCCCAGUAACACCUUAAUUCAGGCCAUUGCAAAGAAAGAGGUUAACAAACCACAAAUAUACCAGUCAAGCAAUAUUGUUGUUGCUGGAGUUUUUUGUACCUCUUCAUAAUUAGCCAAAAAAGUUUGGUACACAGAGGAGAAUAAGAGAAAUGGCUGAAUUAAAACUGUAAUUAAAGUACUUAAUAAAUAUAAAGCUGUCUUGCUAAAAAAAUAUAUAUUUUUGAAUGUAUCUAUUUAUUUACCCCUCCCAGAGUGUGUUGUCACAUUGGUAUUUUUGUGUAUCCCAGUAUUUUUAGGUAGUUUAAGGAAUUAUCAGUUUUUUUACUGUUUGUAAAAAAAUAAAAAUUAAAAAAAUUCAUGUACAAAUAAAUGUGAAUAAAUCAACUGCUCCUGUGUGAAUUUGUGCACAUUUAUGAGCUCUUUUAUGUGGUUAAUAAAAUGAGUAAAACAAAA